AGUGCACAUAUUUUUCUACAUAGUCAUGACGUAAAAAAGAAAGAAUCUAUUCUAGCCCCGCUACUUCCUGAUUUGUGUCUGUUCAACACGAGAGCAUGUUUAAAAUCAAACUUACGUUUUUAUUCUGUUUCCUAGUUUCUAAAAUAUUCUGCUCAUGGAAUCCAUGUCCAGAAAAUGAACAAUCAUAUCUAUUUGAGGAACAAAUAGGCAAUUGGAAGAAGGCUGACGGGAAAUGUGAAGCAGCAGGAGGAACUCUAGCCACGGUCAUCAGCGAAAACUGUACACUCAGGAAUCUAAAUGAAAACUUGACCUACUUCAUUGGAGGUAAGAAGUCAUCCUCUGGGAACUGGACAUGGAAAGAUGGUACUCAGAUGAACCAAACUUUUUGGGAUCAAGAUGAGCCGGAUAACUCUGGAGGAAAAGAGGAUUAUUUACAUAUAUGGUAUAGAAAUGAUACUUAUCUUUGGAAUGACAUCUCUUGUGACAGGAACAUCUAUGGCGGAUACAUUUGUCAGAAGAAAUCGGACAUAACAGAGAGCAUUUCAUCAGGAAUAAGUGAACAACCAACAAUGAUAACAACAACACCCAAAGACACAACUAUCAAACGGAUAGGUAAUGAUUACCUAUUAAGUGGAAAUGGUACUUACUAGAAUUAAUUGUACCGU